ACUCAGCCUUUAAGAACAGACAUCUGGGACACCAGUCGAAGCCACUUGCAUCCCUGUCGCGACGAGGCACGCCAACUGGCGACGACGACAGGCGAGGUGGUUGAAUAAGCACAGGUUGCGGCAAGGUUUGGGUCCUGGCGGCCAAGUAAUCGAGCGAAUACACCCGAAAGCGACCAAACCCCGAAGAGAGCCUUUCACUUGGCAGGGCCUUUCACAUGCCUCGGACCUGCGCCUCGAAGACGUCAGCACAAGCAAUGACUUUUUGUCAAAAGUAACGAAGUGUACAUUAGGAGAGGGCAAUCGGUCGAGAAGAGGACUCGCACGCUUGCACGCUUGCACUUUGCAGAGUGGCCCGGGCGCAAGCAUUCCACUGAACGCGCGGGACUUCAAUUUGGUGUAUUAUAUUAUCAAAUUGUAUGCUUAAAUAAAUUAUGUCAGGCUCUUUAAAGCAUACUUGACCUCCAUUCCCGAUUUUGUUGCAUGGGCGCCUCGUUUUGGUCUGGGGGGUCGGGGCGUCCACGCGCAUGGGGCUCUUCAGCGUUCAGUUUCGGUCCUUCUGCGGUAUUAAUUAAACUGUUUGCAACAGAUACUGAGGCUGUAUGGAUACACAACUGCAAGUUAAAUGCGCGCCAUGCCUCUCGUUCCAACAAGCGCUGAAUCCGACAGCCGGUAGCAGAAAGGCCCCCUUAAUUUGAGGAUUCGAUAUCAUCUUGCAAGGAAGCUGCCAGGAUGCUCAAGCGCGGGCGCGGGGGCUUCACGGCUCCUCGGCGCAUCGGCGACCCAGCCAUCAGUGCGGGUUCGUCGCAAGGGGCCUCGGCUGCCCCAGCGACCACGCAAAGCGCUGCGCGCCACGACGAGGAGGACUUGGAGAAUGUGCCGGCAGCUAGCCUCGCACCGCCGUGCGCCGGAAAGGCAGCUGCGCCAGCCAGCCGUGCCGAGCCUGGAUAUCGCGCACCCCUCGCACAAGCGCCCGCGAACACCAAUACCGGCGCGUAUGGGUUUGAGCCAACUGCACCUGCGAUUAAACGUCCCCCGGGGUUCCAGCGGCCGGCCAUGGUGCCGACAAAGUUGCCGCGCACGGCACCGGCAUCAGUUGCCGCUGCAUCGGCAUGCGUGCGCGGCGCAAACGCGAGCGCGGGGCCUGGUGGCAGUGCUGGCGGUGGUGCGGCGGGCAGCGGAAGCUCGGGCCCGGCAAUGGAGGAGGUAUUCGGAGUGCUCUUCACGAAGACCGCGCUCCUUGCAAAGAAGAAGGCCAGCAAGCAGUUCGCGGACGGCGUGAUGGUGACAUUCGAGGAUGGCACCGCCGUCCUGUAUGACCAGGACAGCAAGGUGAUCACCAAAGGCCGCUACAAGGCCUUUGGAAAGGCCUCGGCGUCAGACCUGACCUUUGAGCUGGGCAACUGGCACGCUGAGAUGGACAAGCAAUUGUCCGUGGAGGACUUCAGGAGCGGCGCAUGCUUCGUCAGCAACACCUGUUCCACCAGCGCGGCGGCGGCAGCAGCAGCUCCUGCCCCGCGCAAGCCCGCCCUAAGCAGCUUCAAGCCGCACGUGCCGGUGGGAGGCGGUACUGUCGCCGGGCGGCCUGCAGGAGCCGGCGGCCCAUCUGGGUCGGGCCGUGCGGCGGCGGCAGCGGGCGUGCUGCCCACCGGCCUGCACGACCCACAUGCGCCCGGCGCCGUGGUGCUGAACACUGUGCAGUGGAAGGGCGGCAGCGGCAAGCUGCGCGACGGGCGCCCCGUUACACCUGUCACGGUUGACCCCUACCUGGGCCGGCUGCUGCGGCCGCACCAGGCGGAGGGCGUGCGCUUCAUGUACGAGGCGGUGAUGGGGCUGCGCACAGCCGACAAGACCGGAUGCAUCCUGGCCGACGAGAUGGGGCUGGGCAAGACGCUGCAGGUCAUCACGCUAGCGUGGACGCUGCUGCGGCAGGGACCCGAGGGCCGGCCGGUGGCGGGCAAGGUGCUGGUGGUGACGCCGGCGACGUUGGUGGACAACUGGGGCCGCGAGGUCAAGAAGUGGCUGGGCUCGGAGCGCCUGCAGGCGCUGUGCCUACAGCAGUCCCCGACCGCCAAGCAGCAAAUCCUGGAGUUCCGGCACGGCGUGCACCAGAAGAUGAUGAUCACUAGCUACGAGACGCUGCGCAAGCACGCCAAGGACCUGGCGGGCGUGUUCGACCUGCUGGUGUGUGACGAGGGGCACAGGCUCAAGUCCGUGGGCGGCAACAAGACCAUCGACGCGCUGCUGAGCCUGGGCUGCCAGCGCCGGGUGCUGCUGACUGGCACGCCCGUGCAGAACGACCUGCAGGAGUUCUACGCCCUGCUGUCGUUUGUGGCGCCCGAGGCGCUGGGCAGCGCGGCGUUGUUCAACCGGGUGUACGGCAUCCCCAUCACCCGCAGCCAGGAGGGCACCGCCACCGCCGAGGACAAGGAGCUGGGCGCGGCGAGGUCCAGCGAGCUGAAGGCCAAGGUGUCGGCCUUCAUCCUGCGCCGCACGCAGGCGCUGCUGGCCAAGCACCUGCCGCCGCUGGCCUCGCUCACGCUGUUCUGCAGGCCCACCGAGCAGCAGGUGUCCCUGUAUACGGCGGUGCUGCGCUCCAAGGCGGUAGCGUCGCUGCUGGGCGGCGGCGGCGGUGGCGGUGAGGACAACACGCUGGCGGUCAUCACCGCACUGCGCAAGGUGGCCAACCACCCCGACCUGCUGCUCGGCGGCGGUGACGCAGCAGACGGCGAGGGCCGUGUCAACGUCAGCAGCUGCCUGCCCGACUUCAGCGCUGACUUCGCCGCCACAGGGACCGCACAGUCCGCAGGCAAGAUGCAGGUGCUGAGCGAGCUGCUGCGCGGCAUUGGCGCGGUGGGCGAGCGCUGUGUGGUUGUGUCCACCAGCACGGCGGCGCUGGACCUGGUGGGCCGGUUGGUGUGCAGGCCGCUGGGGCUGAGCACGGUGCGCAUCGACGGCGCCACCAGUGUGGACGGCCGCCAGAUCAUCGUGGACAACUUCAACAAGCUCAACAUGGGCCAGGUGUUCCUGCUGUCCACGCGCGCGGGCGGCGCCGGGCUCAACCUGGUGGGCGCCAACCACCUGGUGCUGUACGACAGUGAUUGGAACCCGGCGAUGGACCAGCAGGCCAUGGCGCGCAUCUGGCGGGACGGCCAGACCAAGCCGUGCCACGUGUACCGCAUGCUCACCACCGGCACCAUCGAGGAGAAGGUGUACCAGCGCCAGCUCAUGAAAGCCGAUCUGGCCAGUGCCACCAUGGUGGGCGGCGGCGCCGGCGGCGGCGGCAAGAGCGGCGGCGGCAAGUUCACGCGCGAGGAGCUGCGCGCGCUGUUCUCGCUCAACACCGCCACCGCCUCCGACACGCGCGACCUCCUGCCGCCGGGCCGCGUGGCGGGGCUGCGCUGGCUGGAGCCGGAGGAGUUUGCUGCGCCGGCCGACAGCCCGCUGGCCGUGGCGGUGGCCACAGGUCUGGUCACCUGCAUCAACCAGAUGGCGGCGCACAGCCUGGAACCGGAGGAGGCUGUGGCGGCGGCGCCAGGCUGCGAGGGGGCCGCCGGCGGCGCCGCUGCCGGCUCCGGCAGUGGCGCACAGCCGAUGGGGGCGGAAGAGUCCCUGCAGCGGGAGGGCGCAGGCGUGGGCAAGCCGGCGCGUGCCGCGCGGCGCGCGAGAGCGCAGGCGCAGGCGGUCGUGGAGAGCGAGGACAGCAUGGACGGCGAUUUCGAGGAUGGGAAGGGCGCACAGGAGUCUGAAGAAGAGGUGGACGUGGAGGAGGAGGCAGUGGAGGAGGCGCCGGCGCCGGCGCCGCCCUCACAGCGGCGGAGGCUGCUGCAGAGCCAGGGUGCGGGACAGGCCGGGCAGCAGGAGGAGGAGGUGGUGGUGGCUGCCGCCGCCGGCGCUGACAGCGGGCUACCCGCCGCGCAUGAUAACCCGGAUGAGCUGAACCUGGAGGACUGGUAGCGUGCAGUGUGCGUUCAGCCAGUCGCAUGCGGCGGCGGCGCAGGUGGCAGGUGGCAAACGGCAGGUUGUGGGCCGCAGGAGGCCCGACGGCGCUCAAGUCUCACAACACUCUUCAGAAAGCCCUGACUCGUCAUCAAAGUCCUUUUACGGCGUUCCUGCUACACAGGUGGCAGGUGGCUUGCGAGGGGACUGAUGAGAUGAACCUGUGCCGUGUGCAUGUCAUUGUGGCUUGAACGAGUGCUCGCGACAAGAUGCGGGGCAUGGAUAGCAGUGACUGGUGCUGCAGGAUGUGUGUGGCUUGCAGGCUUCGUGUGCGCAGGCAUGACAACU